AUGGAACGAGUUGUGAUCGUCGGAGCAGGUCUUUACGGUCUCAUCGCAGCAAAGACAUAUCUACAACUUCUUGGGGCAUACGAAAGUACAGCCAAAAGUACAGAUCAAAUCGCCGAAAUCCCUGCCUGUUUUACCGAGAACAUCGAUGCUUCCCCAACGGCCCCAUCUGAAAGUCGCCUUCUUGUGAUCGACUCUGCCUCGGAUAUUGGGGGUACUUGGGCCGAGGAGCGCCUUUACCCAAAUUUGUUGAGCCAGAACUCAUAUGGACUCUAUGAGUUCAGUGAUCUGCCUCUUUCCGACGUUGUUCCAGAGGAACAUGCAGGUGACACACAAAAUCAGUUCAUUGCAGGCUGGAAGAUCAACCGGUAUCUCCAUGCAUGGGUCGAGAAAUGGCAGCUCAAAAAGCACAUACGAUUGAACUGGACGAAACCAAAGAGUGGAAGCUCAACAUCAGUGUAUCAACGUUCCCCGGGUCAGCGCAUCACCAUUAUCUGCGACAAGUUGGUCCUGGCUACAGGACUGACGUCCGUACCAAAUAUGCCCGACACGAAGGGGUCAUCAAUGGGCUUUGAUAACUCUGCUCCAGUCAUCCAUGCCAAAGAUGUUGGAGAAUGGGCAAGAGAACACCUGGGAUAUCAGCCACUGAAAGCACCUGACUCCGAAGCUGUUAGCAUUCCAGCGAAAGAUUCUCCUUAUCCACAGCUGCGAUCAGUUGCUAUUUAUGGUGGUGCAAAAUCAUCAUUUGAUCUGGUGCAUUUCUUUGCGACUCUACACCGCAACGACUCAAAGCUGCAUCUGAAGUCCACACAGGAGAAUCCCGUCGAAGUACACUGGAUCAUCCGUGAUCGAGGUGCAGGGCCCGCAUGGAUGGUACCGCCAAUAUCUACUCUCCCAGAUGGCAACACCGUCGCAAGCGAUAAGGCUGCCAGCAGCAGACUGCUCACCCAUCUUACCCGUGCUGCUACAUGA